AUGGAACUGGAGUCUCCACCACUUGAUCAAGCACACGAGCUUGAGUUGCUCACACCUCCACCAACGUCUGUAUCUUUAUCCUCUAGCCACGUGGGACUUCCAGCUGCUACUCUUGUAUACUCAGCUGAUGGUCGUUACGUCUUUCAACGUCAGGCGCAUGUUGUUCGUGUGUUGCACGCCAAAAGUGGGCGCAUGUUGCACGAAUGUACACGUGUCACAAGUUCCAGUCAAGUCUGUGCGUUGGCGUUACAUCCACACAAUGCCCUUCAACUCUUGGCUGCGUAUCAAGAUGGCUACAUUCUCCUCUGGGAUUUUGUGGAACAAAAGCCAUUGAUUGAAAUGAACAUACAAACACCUUCUCAAGAAGAAAAAAAGGGGCGUAUGUUAUUUCAAUAUGAUAAAGUAUUUCAAGCUGCUGCUUUGCAAAGUUACGUACAGCCUCAAAAGGAAGCCAAUGAUGCUGUUCCAGGAGAUUACGUCAUUAUAGCUGCUGGUCGGACUAUCAUUACAUUAUGGCUACAUUAUCAACCAGGAGCUAUAGAUUCAAGCAAUCGAGUUUAUGUGCAACAGAAGUUUAAACAUCUUCGUCAUGUGACGUGUGUGGCGGUGAAUCCCGUUGAAAGAAAGUUUGCAAUUGGUGACAAGAUGGGACAGAUUUUUCUCUAUGAUCGACAUGAACAGACUGGACAAUCAAUAGCCACCUCGGCGGCUGCGAUGAUGCACUGGCACUCACAUGCUGUGCAUUGUAUUCAGUACUCAAAUGACGGUCAAUUUUUGCUGUCUGGUGGUGAAGAAUGUGUGCUGGUAACGUGGCAAUUGGAAACAGGUCGUCGGUCCUAUUUGCCACGUCUUCCAGCACCUGUUGAGGUCAUUGCACCUCGAAAGGAUGGAGGAGUGUAUGUCGUGGGUCUUGCAGACAAUGUUCUCUUUCAAUACAAUCCAGUGACACGUGAACAAGAGUGGGAGGCACGUGGAUUAGCUCGUGGUGGGAGGUCGGCUGCCGACUCACUGCCGACUCGUCAAUUGGUGGUAGAUCCGGUCUCUAAAGCUCUGGUGAUGAAUGGAUCGUCGGGUGCUGGUGUCUUGCAGUUUUAUGAACCGUUUACUGACCGUGUGUUGCAGACGCUUUUGCUCUCGGAGCGGAACCAGGUAACGCGCACGGAAGACGAGGUACUACCAACACUGCUGGCAUCGCACUCAUGCUUCAGCUCCCGUGGUGGUGACCUUGUGACGCUUCACGCACCAACUACAAUGGAGAAGGGCGGCGAGCAGGCUUUGCGGUUUUGGACGCGUCGUGUGGACGGCUCGUUCUUUGUGAAUACGGCGGUCGAUGCGCCUCAUGGUCGCGCUUGUGUUACGAGUGUGGCAUUCUCCCCUAUGGUUGAUAGCGACUGCGUAGUGACAGCUGAUGACCAGGGUGACUUUAAGGUGUGGCAGAAGUCGGUAACUGAGGCAGGUGGUGCGUCGUGGCACUGCCAGUCAGUUGUUCGCUUUCGUGAGGAACCAAUUACGGCAAUUGGUUUUGCACGUGAUGGUUCAUUGCUUGCUGUGGCCUACGGAAACAAACUUACUCUUUGGGACAUUACGACACACACUUUGCGUCGUGUAUUUCCUUCGGCUGAUGGUCAGAAGAUUAAGCAGAUUGUGUUCCCAGGCGUCAAUUCGCCUUUUGUCGUGGUGGUAACAAACAACCAAGUGCAGGUUUGGAACCUGUUGUCCCUGUCCCUUUGGUGGCGUUACACUGUGCGUAAAAAUGCUGUUGUUGCCGAAGAUGCCCUGCAUGAACGCUUUUUGGUCUGGAUGCCUGUGAAUGAAAAGUCAAAGAAGAAAACUUUGGUGCUUGUCUUUGAUCCUCAGACGCCUGUGCCGUCGUGCGUGCGUGUUGUAAAUUUCGACAGGAUGGUGUGGAGCGCUGGCUUUCACCCCGGCACUGGAGACAUCGUUCUUGUCGAUAACAAUACAGGAAUCUGGAGACUGGAUGGACCUAACGCCAGGUCGUUGAACGCCGUACGUCGCAAGCAGGCCCACGUUGCUGCCGUUGUUCGUUUCGCGUCCAAGACAGGCGAACAGGAAACCAAGGCACUAAGCGCUAUCUACAAUACCGCCAGUGGUGGUGGUGAUUCACAGAAGAAAGCCACACAAAGCAAAUACGUUGGGCAAAGCAGUACAACUGGCAAUGGAUCGGCGGCUAGCAGUCUGUUCGAUGCGCCGGCUCACGUACUACCGUCAAUGACGGCUUUGUACAGAUCUUUUAUGGAUACAAUGCUGCCAAAGCCGCAUCAGGUCGCAGAGAGUGGCAAGACCUCCAAGAAUGCAAUUGAUGAAGCAACUGGCCCCCAGACGAAAAAGAAUAAACGGCGCAAGAAGCAGCUUCAGCAACAGCAGCAGCAGGUCCCGUUGGAUCUUCCAGUCAACGAGAAUAGUGAGCAGCGCAAGCGCAUGAAGCUCCAGGUAGAGAAGGACCUGGCCAAUCCAGAGCUACAGCAGGAGACAUAUUCCAAGCUGCUGGAGACAUUCCGCAACACUAAGGCGCGUCGGGUGUAA